UAGAAGAGACCAAAGAUCCUUCUCUGAAGAGACAAAAGUCACGCGACUCUACCAAAUAUAGACAGAGGGUAGUGAAGACCAAAGACUGCUGUAGUGAAGACCAUAGACAUAGAGGGAAAAUCAGUUCGGUAUGAUUAUUUAAAUGCGCUGACAACUCACUGCACCUGCCAAACACUUACACUGAAUGGAGCGGGUGACCGGUCCAAGAUGGCGGCCCUACGGCUCGUCAGCGGCGCCAGUAGGCAUUGACAUACAUAAAAAAUGACCCGUUGGGCCCUUAUUGCUCCCCUCCUGCUCCUGCUGGGCCUGUUCAUCCACGGUGCCGUCAGUGAAGAGACUGAGGACCCAACUGCAACACCACCAGCACCGGGCCAGGCCGCCGAUGGCUCGCAGGCCGAGGACGAGAAUGCAGAGUGGGGAAUGAACUCCCUGCGAGGCGGCUUUGAGUCAGUCAGCGGAUACUUUGACUCAAUGCUAGAGUUCAUGGGUGGACGUGAUGGAGUGUGCCAAUACCGCUGUCGAUAUGGUAAAGCUCCUCUUCCUCGUCCUGGCUAUCAGAUGCCAGAACCUGAUGGAUGUACCUCCUACUUCUUUGGUCUUCCUAUUCCAGACGGGAUGGACAUGGGCAUCCCUGCCAUGACCAAGUGUUGCAAUCAGCUGGAUAUGUGUUACGACACGUGUGGCUCCAACAAGUACCGCUGCGACUCCAAGUUCCGCUGGUGCCUCCACAGCAUCUGCUCUGACCUCAAGAAGAGCCUUGGCUUUGUGUCAAAAGUUGAAGCAUGUGAAACGGUAGCAGACACCUUGUUCAACACAGUGUGGACUCUGGGCUGCAGACCCUACAUGAACGGCCAGAGAGCAGCAUGCUUCUGUCAGGGAGAGGAGAAAGAUGAACUUUAGAUUCAAGCGCGAACCACUCUCCUAUUUAUAACAGUAUCAACUACAGCAACACAUCAGAAGAUGUGAGUCAUGGUGUUGCAAAGACUUGUGACUACUUUAGUAAUUUAUUUGGAAGUUAUUGUUCUGGUUUUGUUCAAAGUCAUUAUUUUUACUUUGCAGCAAAAUGUAGAUGUUGUUGAAAGUUGACUUGAGCUGCAAGCCCAAACUGUAUUUGUUUGAUUGUAGAGGUGCAUCACUGCUAUCUGUAGUGUUGGUAUUAGCACCAAUACUGUUGGCAAAGGCAUAUGAUUUUGGAAAAGUAACAAAUAUCUGUGG